GGCCUCUUGCUUAGUUCUCAAAAGGUAAAGACUGCCCUAUUCUAAUUCCAACCCGAACGAAGAGCCCAAACCUAACAAAUUACAUCGGUUCCUGUUGGGGUUCGGGUGUUCCGUGGUGGUCAAAUGUUGGUCCCUAUAUGAAUCUAUGAUCCAACAUUUGGGUAUCCUGGAAUUCUGAACACGUGACCGAGGGUUUGAGGCAAUGCUCAUCGUCAAAGCAAACCACCGCAGCAGAAAAUAAGAAAGGCGACGAGCAGCGUGGAGGAGGCUCUUUUUAUCAACAUAAUCAAUUAAUGGCGUCGUUCAAUUGGGUUUCCUUUCUUAGAAUUACUCUCCUUCUUCUCCUCGUAGCCGCCAUCACCGUCGCUUGCUUUACUCUGCCCGUUGAAAAGAUAUUGAAGGACUUCUUGUUAUGGGUUGAGCAAGAUCUUGGUCCUUGGGGUCCUCUUGUAUUGGCUGUUGCAUAUGUUCCUUUAACAGUUCUGGCAGUUCCUGCAUCAGUACUUACUCUGGGUGGUGGUUAUCUCUUCGGUUUGCCUAUCGGUUUUCUUGCUGACUCCAUUGGUGCUGUGAUUGGUGCAACUGCAGCAUUCCUUCUGGGCAGAACAGUUAGAGUUAGUGGUGAUUCAAAGUAG